AUGGUCUGUUCAUUGAUUAAUAUCUUAUUCUCUCCCAUACAGGUGAGUGAAGAUAAGUCCCUUCCAAAGUCAAUGGAUGAGACAAAUCAUUCCUGGGUGACCGAAUUUGUGUUGCUGGGACUCUCUAGUUCACGGGAGCUCCAACCUUUCCUGUUUGUCAUAUUUUUACUACUUUACAUAGGAAUCCUGCUGGGCAACUGUCUCAUCAUCCUCACUGUGACUUCAGAUGCCCGCCUUCAUACACCUAUGUACUUUCUGCUUGUAAACCUCUCUUUAACAGAUAUGUGUCUAGCUUCCUUGACUACCCCCAAAAUGAUUGUUGACUUUCUAGUAGAGUGCAAAACUAUUUCUUUUGAAGUCUGCCUGGCUCAGAUUUUCUUUCUACAUCUAACUGGUGGUGGUGAGAUGGUGCUCCUUAUAUCCAUGGCCUAUGACCGUUAUGUUGCUAUUUGCAAACCUCUCCACUACAGGAUGCUCAUGAGCCGCCGUGUGUGUGUUAUUCUGGUCCUCCUCCAGUGGAGUGUUGGCUUCAUCCAUACUGUUAGCCAGUUGGCCUUUACUGUUAACCUGCCUUUUUGUGGUCCUAAUCAGGUAGAUAGCUUUUUCUGUGACCUCCCUCUAGUGACCAAGCUGGCCUGCACAGACACUUAUGUUAUCAGCCUAGUAGUAGUUGCAAACAGCGGCCUUCUUUCUAUGAUUUCCUUUCUCCUCCUGGUCAUCUCCUACACUGUGAUACUGAUCACAGUUAGGAAACGCUCCUCUGCCAGCAUGGCAAAGGCCCGCUCCACGUUGACUGCCCACAUCACUGUGGUCACAAUAUUCUUUGGACCAUGUAUCUUCAUCUAUGUGUGGCCCUUCAGUAGUUAUUCAGUUGACAAGGUCCUUGCAGUGUUUUACACCAUCUUUACUCCCAUUUUAAACCCAGUAAUCUACACUCUAAGGAACAAAGAGAUGAAGGAUGCUAUGUCAAAACUAAAGAGCAGGUAUCUGAAGCCUGGCUUGGUUUCUGCAGCCAUAAGAAAUGUUCUUUUCCUGGAAAGGAAGUGA